AUGCAGUUUCAGGUUCUGCUGCUGAUGUAUUUGGGGCUCUCCAAGUCUUGUUCUUGCUUCUCACUGAACGCAUUGCAACGCCUUAGGAAGCCCUUGUCGGACUGGAAACCCGUGACGUUCUCGUCUGCUUGGAUAGCACUGACCACUGACAACACGUGUGGCGUGCAUACGCUCUGGCGUACUUCUAAACGGGUAUCGCUGAAGCAAUCUGGACGACCAAGGCGCGGACGCCCGCGGGCAUCAGCACUUCCCGGCUCCACGGAUCUUCGUUCGCACGCGAUUGCCCUCACUAUUCCAGGAGAGGGCCAGCGACAUCAUACUUCAGUGGUUGCUGCUGCUGAUUUUGCCAAGGACUUGUUGCCAGAACCAGCAGACACAGUACCGGGCAACAUUUCCGCUGGUGCUGCAGGAUCUGUUGGAUCUGACAGUCUCGAGCCUGUAGAGAUCGAUGCAACACUAGAGGGAAUUAGCCGGGACGGGUUGUUACAGCUUCUUAGGGAGCUACAACAGCAUUCGCCUGAGCUGUUUCGCCAACUCAGCGGUGCGACAAAUGUGGAGGAGCUGCCAACGGAGCGGCUACGGAAGCUCGUACAAAAGUUGCUCGAUAUCGCAGAAGCAGCAGACGCAGGAGAAAAUGCUAAUGAGGAGGCGCCCUCCACUAGCCUCCGUCAGGAUGGGACGCAGCGGCACAAAACUCAUAGUGCGACGCACGCGGACUCUCAGGAAAUCCAGGAACAGCAGCCACAGCCACAACAGGAAGAGAAACAGCAGCAGCGGGAGAAACUGCAGCACAAGGAGACUCAGGAACAUGACGUAGCAAGUGUCCCGCUAGCUCCGGGGCAGGCGAUUGCGCAGGCUGCCGAGAAUGCUGUUGCUGCUGCUUCCAGCGCUGCUGUGGAGGCUCAGCAGCUAGUAGACAUAGGAAAAUCAAAGACGCAUGAAGGCAAGUUGUUUCCUGAGCUGCAGGAGCAUCUGCAACAGCUUUCAGAUGCAGAUGUGUGGGAUCUCUUGAUAACAAUGGGUCCAAUUCUUGAGGCACUGUUACCUCAAGGGGGUCAUACACAGCAACAGGAAGAGCACGGAACUCCACUCCGGCAGCAGAACGAUGAAAAAGAGGGAAUUGUGGAGUCCUUAGAACAGCUGCUAGACGUUACCAAGGAGGAACGGCAAUCAUUGGCUGCAGAGGCAGCGAUAAUGAGGAAAUUCGUGGAGGAGAAGGCGGGAAAUAUGUCUCAAGAGGGUAGGAGAGAGCUGUUGUUGACGCUUCUAGCAGUGGCAGAAGCCGAGGUGUAUUGCCCAGUGCAAUCGGAAGUACGUCAUUUAUUAGGCCUCCAUUGCCCACAUGAAGUCGCUGCUCCUGAUGCUGCAGCAUCAGCGGCUGUAUCUGAAAACACAGCGACACAAGAACAAAACGCUCGUUUUGGUGGGCUAUCAGUGGUUGCAGCUUGGCGCCGGCUGUUGCAGCUGCCUGAAAAUGCCCUAGAGGGUGAGAGCCCUCUGUCUGCAGCGGAAGUAUCUGCGCUCAGUGAUAGAGAAAUCGAGCUUCGUUAUGCUCGCGUCAUAAAGCAAGCCAGAAAGGAUAAUAUCAGGGCGUCUCUUGAACGCUGCCAGUUUACAGAGACCCCUGAGUUCUCCCAGACAGUGGUUCGGGACGAGCCGCCUGCAGAAGUUGCUGUAAAGACCAGCUACCUCCAAAGCGCUGAUCGAGGAAAGUCUGUAACCGGCGCAGGAACAUCGAAAACGCAAAGGACACCACAACUUAAAUGUGUGCAAGAGCAACCCUCUGACCCGAAGCCAGAAGUAACACCUCCGGACUACUCAGCCACCGCUGACACAAAGAUGUCUCCACUCAGGAUGCAAGAAAAUCUCUCAGCUGGAGCUGCUCGAUUCGCUGCACUGGGACUGAAUGCCUCGGUCAGUUCUGCAGCUGCAGCUGUUUUGGGGGGAGCUACCUCCAGGCCGACGCAGACUCAGCGGAUGGCAAUCCCUAAUAUCCUGAAGUCGUUCGAAGAGGCGGAGAGAAAGUCACAGGUCUUGGCCCCAGAAAAAUCUAGCGUUGACUGCUUGGUGGCUUUGCGCGCACACACUGGUAGCGGUAAGACACUUUGUUACUUACUGCCGCUUAUGCAGGUAUUACAGGAACAAGAAAUGGCAUGGGCUGCAGCCCAGAAACGCCGUCUGCGGGAUAAUAUGAAAUGCACAGACCUGAUGGACUGUAGGGCCCUCGCGGAGUCCCUUGGGGAGCAUGUGGAACCCCGUAAAAUAUCCCACGGUGCGCGGGGCCCCCGCGCACUAAUUGUGUGCCAUUCGAGGCCUUUGACAUCCCAGGUAGCUUCUGCCGCAGCCGCGCUUGCGAAGCACACCAGACUAUCUGUUGGCAGCACCAUUGGGGGCGUCGGAUUUGGGAGGCAGCUUCGGCUGUUGAGGCAGCGUCCUGUGGAUAUCCUGAUUGGGACUCCAGAGCGCUUGUUGAGCUUGACACGCAUCGAUUUCGGGGAACUCAAAGGACCAUUGGUGGGAGUGACUAGGAAUAGUACACAAACACCAGCUGGCGGCCUUCCAAGCCUAGAAGAUGUGCAGUUCUGCAUCUUAGACGAGGCAGACGCUUCGUGGCUUGGCGGUUUUAGAGACGAGAUCCAGAGGCUACUUCUUCGCUCACACUUUUUAAACGCAGAGACAAUGCAAGACCGGGGGCAGGAGAGGAUGCGGGGUCGGCAGAAAGUCUUGCUGACGUGCACAGCUACUCCUAAUAGUGGCGUAGAGGCAGACAUUUGUGAACUUCUUCAAAUACCUCCCACAAGAGUCGUUUCUGUGUCAGGGGGCCCGCAUUUCCCCCCGAUGUCCCAGUUACGGCAUGAGAUGAUUCAAGUUCUUGGGGCAGAUCGUUUUUUGUUGCUUCUUGAGCAGCUCAAGGCCCAUCCAGAGCUUCGUGCCAAGAAAGUGUUGGUCUUCUGCAACACUGUCGACAGUUGCCGCGCCUGCUACCACCAUCUGAAAUCCGCUGGCCUUCCUGCAGAGGGCUACGAUGGCUCUUUGUCUGCAAGCGCUCGUGAAAAAAGCCUCAUCUCAUUCCAAGAAGGAAGCGGCCAGCGAAUUUUGGUGGCGACCGAUAGUGUAGCGCGUGGGCUACAUAUUAAUGGAGUGGAGGCUGUCAUUAAUGUGGACUUUCCGCCAACGGUAGUUGAGUACCUUCACAGGGCAGGACGCACCGGCAGAUUGGGCUCUAAAGGGUUUGUUCUUUCUCUCGUGUCUAAGAAGGACGCCGUCGUUGCAGCAAACGUCAGGGCAUCUUUGUCUGCGGGAGCUUCUAUGGAGGAACUCAAUGCACAAGCUUCGUUGGAGGUUUAUGGUGAUGCAGCUCUUUAG